CUGUUAGAUUUUUUUUUUCCAGCAGCUAUAUGUGUUUAUGGUGUUAUUUGUACUUGUUAAUUGUAGAUGACAUCUGAAAAUUCUAGUAAAAAGGACCCUGGUUGGAAGUAUUGCGAAAAGGUUGAUCCACACAAUAAUACAAAGUUGAAAUGUAUGUUUUGUAACGAAGUGAAAAAUGGGGGUGUGUCAAGAAUCAAGCAACACCUUGCAGGAGGAGCUAAAAGGAAUACGGCGGCAUGUCGCCGAUGCCCACCUGAGGUUAGAGAGGAGAUGAGGGAGUUUAUACGUAAAAGGGAUGAAACAAAGAGUCAAAUUAAGUCUGUACCAGAUUUUGAUAAUGCAAUGAAUGCUGAUGAUUAUGAUUAUGACCUUGACCUGGAUGAUGAUAUUAUUGAAUCUAAUCCCCGUUCUAAGAAAUCUUCUACUCACGGAAGCACAACCUCCGCAUCUAUUCAUUCUAAGCCUAAGAAACCAAGAAACAUAGGGCCUCUCGACACUUACUACACUCCUGAACCAGAGGUGGUGGUGGAAAAUAGAAAAGCCAAGGGCAAACAGCCAAAAAUUGAUGAGAAUGAACCAUAUAAGAAAAUAUUGAAAGACCGGGCUCAUCAGGCUAUUGCAAGGUGGAUAUAUGAUUGUGGGAUACCUUUAAAUGUUGUGAACAAUGAUAGUUUUGCGCCAAUGAUAGAGGCUAUUGGGCAAUACGGUCCGGGUUUGCCCCCACCAACUUAUCAUCAAGUGCGAGUCCCUCUUCUAAAAAAAGAGGUAGAACAUGUUAACAAGUUGAUGGAGGAGCACAAAAAAGACCAAGAACAAUAUGGGUGUACGCUAAUGAGCGAUGGGUGGACUGAUAGGAAAAAUAGAACAUUGAUGAAUCUUUUGGUGAAUUCUCCAAGGGGGACCAUGUUUUUGAAAUCCAUGGAUGCGUCUGGAAUUGUAAAGGAUGCAGAAAUGAUAUAUGAAUUGCUUGAUGGGUGGGUGGAGCAUAUUGGAGAAGCAAACGUGGUUCAAGUUGUUACGGAUAGUGCUGCGGCAAAUGUGGCGGCAGGGAGGUUGUUGGAGGCAAAACGACCUCACUUGUUUUGGUCUCCGUGUGCCGCCCAUUGCUUGGACUUGAUGUUAGAAGACAUUUUUAAGUUACCAAAUUUGAAGACAACUUGGGAAAGGGCAAUAAUGAUUCAUGGUUAUAUUUAUAAUCGGCCCUCUUUGUUGAAUAUGAUGAGGCAAUUUACCCAAAGGAAGGAGCUCGUUAAGCCGGCAAAAACUCGAUUUGCAACCGCUUUUUUGACUUUGCAAAGGGUUUAUGAACAAAAGGGAAACUUAAGGAAGAUGUUUACUUCAGAGAAGUGGACCAAUAGCAAAUGGGCAAAAGAGCAAGGAGGAAAACAUGUAGAAAAAGUCAUGUUGAUGGCCUCAUUUUGGAGGAAUGUGCUCCUUGCCCUCAAGUUCGCAUCCCCACUUGUUAAGGUACUUAGAUUGGUUGAUGGAGAAGUCAAGCCUCCAAUGGGAUACAUUUAUGAGGCUAUGGAUCGGGCUAAAGAAACUAUUGCAAAUUCAUUCAAUCAAAAUAAUGAGAUGUAUGAUGAGGUCUUUAAAAUAAUCGACAAGAGGUGGGAAUCCCAAUUGCAUCGGCCUUUGCAUGCAGCUGGUUUUUACUUAAAUCCUGAAUUUUUUUACAAAGAUCCAGAGGCUUGCAAAGUUCCAGAAGUCAUUGGAGGCCUAUACAAAUGUAUCACAAAGUUGAUUCCCAAUAAUGAUACACAAGACCUUGUUUGUGCCGACUUGAUGAAGUAUGAGAGAGCUGAAGGACUCUUCGGUAACCCAAUGGCAAUAAGGCAAAGAAAUACAAGGGCACCAGCUGACUGGUGGGCCUCAUUUGGUCAUGACACUCCCGACUUGCAAAAAUUUGCCGUCAAAGUUCUUAGCCUUACUUGUAGUUCCUCGGGAUGCGAGCGUAAUUGGAGUGUCUUUGAGCAUGUGAGUAUAUGAUAAUCAAGUUCAUUCAUUGACUUCCUUUAGUUAUGUAUGAUCAUGAAUUUAAGUCCCUUGUAUAAUUAAUUGUUAAUGCAGA